AUGAGCUUGAUAUUCAAGCCUCUCGAUAUUUUGGCACCUCUACAAGUGAAGGUGGAGACCACGACUAUGCAGAAGCACCAGACGCUGGGCGACUCUCUGACUUUGUUGAGGAUGUCGUCGGGUAUAUUGCAGGAGGCGUGUGCCGCGGAGGUUCGUGUACUGAUGGGUUUCCUACGCAUUCAAGUGGAAGCAAGGGAAGAAGUCGCUCUUCACCGGCCUCGGCACACACCUCCGGUCCACGCGGAAGACGAUGCGCCAGCCCCCUUUCCUUCAGCCGCAGCGCUGCCAGCUGGUGUGCGCACAGACUCCACACGCCCUGAUGGAGCUCCACCAGCACCACCGUCCGAUCUCCCUUCGUGUGCCCUUUGCCGCGCGUGCGAUCACCGCACGGCGACUUGUCCAGCGCCACUAACACCCGAGGGAAAACGGCGAAGCCUCACGUCAGCGCGUCGCUGCUUCCGCUGUGCCAAGCGGAACCACUUGGCCCGUCAGUGUCGCUCUUCAGCUGGUCUCACGUGUACCAGAUGCCACGGACAACAUCUGACUGUGCUCUGCGACAUACAACCGAAACGCGAAGCGCGAGAGCGCACCGCCGGGAGCGUUGGAUCGGCUUCAUCAUCGCCAGCGCAGACACCUGAAAUCCAAGCCACCACCGCGUCAACCUCGUCUACUGUCACAUUUCUGCAGACCGCUGUGGUUCAGGUUGCCGGUCCUGGCGGAUCCGCGUCCGUACGUAUUCUUCUCGACAAGGGAAGCCAAAGAACAUUCAUCACCGAGGAACUCGCUCAGCGGCUUCGAUGCCCGGGAUUGGCAUCCGAAAACAUGUCGAUCUUUGCGUUUGGCUCCACGCAACCGUCCACGCAUCGCACAUACCAGAAGGUGUCUCUGCGUAUCGAUGGCUUACAUCAGUCGUUGGAAGUAGAGGCCAUCGCUAUCCCACAGAUCUGCAGGUCGCUCAGCCCACCUGUGGAUGCCCGGAUCUUGCAAAUGCUACAUGAUCGUGGUCUCUCUCCAGUCACAACGACUUGUCUAUCGCAGAACGUCGACGUGCUGGUAGGCGCGGACUACUACUGGCGAUUUGUGUCUGGCAGAAUAGAGCGCCGUCCCAACAAUAUCACAGCCGUCGAAACGGUAUUUGGGUGGAUCGUCCAAGGUGUUGCCCCACUGCGUUCCUCGCUACCAGACUAUCCCGCCACCACGUCACUUUUGUGCUGCACGAACGACGCGCCCGAGCAUGAGCUGACCAUCCUGUGGCGAGUAGAUGCAUUAGGUAUCGCGGAUACUGACGUAGCCGCUCCCUCCGGAGCGGCAGACCUCCAAAUGUUUCAAGAGAACAUCAAGUGGCAGACAGAUCGGUACGAGGUUCCCCUCAUGAUCCAGGCGCCUGGGCUACCACCAGAGGCACACAAUCGGAUAACCGCCGAGAUGAGACUCAACGCUCAACUCCGGCGGUUCCAGAUGGCACCCGACGUUCUCAAGCAGUACGACGCCACAAUGCGCGAAUACUUCGUCGAAGGGCAUGCCGAACCAGCCUCUGGCCCAGACACAACCAGGAACGUAUACUACCUGCCCCACCAUGCCGUUGUACGUAUGGAGGCUGUCACGACCAAGGUCCGCAUAGUCUUCGACGCAUCGUCCCAUGUUCCCGGCCAACCGUCUCUUAAUGAGGUUCUGUCGAAGGGUCCCAACUUAAACAGCAACCGCCUCCAUCUCCUCAUCACGUUUCGGUCUUCUCCCAUUGUCUUGACCGCCGACAUUCGGAAGGCGUAUCUUCAAAUUCAGAUGCGACCAGAGGACCGAGACGCCCUCCGCUUUCUGUGGAUCCAGGAGCUACCGUCAUCAUCCAACCCUUAUCCUGCGACCCAGGAGUGGAGGAUGACCAGAGGCCCGUUCGGAGCAUCGUCCAGCCCCUUCCUACUCGCGGCAACUCUGCACCAUCACUUCGACGCGGUCGCUUCGCGAUACCCAGCCACCGCAGCUCGCCUCCGCACCAGCUUCUAUGUUGACGACCUAGUAAUUGGCUGCGACGACGUGCAAGAUGCCGAGACGAUAUAUGCCGAGACCAGAGCUGUCCUGCGGGACGCAGGGAUGGAAAUCCGAAAAUGGGCAGCGAACUCCACCGCACUUCGACAGAAAUUUCUCGCAGACGAAACUGCCUACGAUAACGUCGGUUGUACAAACCCAGUGCUUCGUACCUUAGGUGUACCAUGGGACAGACAGGCGGACGUCAUCCUAGCACCAGUCACCGCGGUUCACGAAUUCGCGCAGAAAAAUGAGCCCACGAAGCGCACGGUGCUCAGGACCUUUUCUUGA